AUGCAUGGCUUAAGGAACCUGACAGAGUUUAAUCAGUCUGACCUCUGUGAGCAUUUCUCCUGUCCAGAGAGAUCUGUAUCCCCUGCAGUUUAUAUCUUACUGUAUGUGUGUUCAGCAGCUGUGGUUCUGCUAACAUUGUGUGGAAAUAUGCUCAUCAUUAUCUCAGUUUUUCAUUUCAAGCAGCUUCACACACCUACAAACACACUUGUGCUCUCUCUAGCUAUGUCGGAUUUCCUCAUUGGAGCGUUUGUGAUGCUUCCAGUGUUAAUUUGGACGAUCGAGUCAUGUUGGAUUUUCCAUACGGGUUACUGCAUCUGUUUGAUGAUGGCAUCUUUUUUUCUUGGGAAUGUGUCCAUCUAUAAUAUUGCUUUGAUCUCAGUAGAUCGGUAUUUGGCUCUUUCAAACCCAUUUUUCUACACAAACACAAUCUCUCGGCAGAAAAUGUGCAUUGUGGUUUAUUCUAACUGGUCUUUGUGUCUCCUGUAUGUAAUGGCACUUUUGCAUUUUAAUGGAAACUUUAUGGGUUUUGUACCAUGCCCAGGGCAGUGUUUUCUCCUUCUCGGUGAGGUUUGGUCUGUAAUUGAUCUUGUACAUUCAUUCAUAUUUCCACUUUUUGUUAUAAUCAUUUUGUAUACUCUAGUUUUUGUGAUUGCUAAGAAACAUGCCACUGCUAUCAGAGAGCUUAAUAAUCACACACGACCUAAAACACAGAAAAUCACUUUACACUCAAUGAAAUCUGAGAGAAAAGCAGCUAAAGUCCUCGGCAUUUUAGUGUCUGUGUUUCUUAUGUGUUUAUUUCCAUAUUUCAUUUGCAGUUUAUUGGGUGAUAUUAUUAAACUACAGCCAGAAUCUCUUCAGAAAGUCCUUAUUAUGAUAUAUCUUAAUUCAACCAUUAAUCCAUUUAUUUAUGCUCUUUUUUACCCGUGGUUUAGAAGAUGUGUUAAAUUAAUUAUAACAUUGCAAAUAUUCCAAGUAGACUCUGCAUUAAUCAAUGUUCUUUCAUGA